UUGGCCUCUGACACCCGCCUCAGCCCAGCCCCUCUACGCCUCGUGCUCUCCCCUCAACAGCCACACCAUCCAACAUCGAAGCCAUACUUUGCGGAUUCCAAAUCCCAACAUCUCGACCCGAACCCUGAAGCCAGCGAUUCCAAAUACCGGGCCAACAGCGUCAAUUCCCGACUCCGCGUCUCUCGGGCUCGAUCAUUACAUCAUCUGCAUCGUCGCGUCGCUGCCACCAUCGCCGCCGUGUCUGCUGCUGGAAUCUCCAGCCUCGCUGCGCUGGUGCAAACCAUGUCGUGGAACCUGACCAAAAAGCUUAAAGAAACCCAUCUGGGCUUCUCGAAAUCUUCAUCGCCCUCCGGCAAAGACAAGACCAAGGACAAGAGCGGCACUUCGACCCCUUCGUCUGACGUCAACAGCAUCUCCGAUGCGAACGGCGCCACCUCCAUAGAAGCCCUCACACAGGCGCCCGUUGUCAAGCCGUCGAAACCUGGCAUCCUCGUCCUUACCCUCUACGAAGCCCGCGGCCUCUCUCUACCCGAACAAUAUCAAGAUGUCAUAGCGGCAGGCCACCCGACUGGCGCUCACUCUGCCGGAGAUGCGCUGAGUUCUGUCCGCCAGAAUGCGUCCACUAGACCGCAGUCAACCGGGUCGGGAUUCAAGGGCAUCCCGACCAGCCAUGGUCGUGUGUCGGGCAAAUACAUGCCAUAUGCGCUGGUAGAUUUUGAUAAGAACCAAGUAUUCAUCAACUCUGUUGAUGGAAACCCCGAGAACCCUGUUUGGGCUGGCUCUAAUACUCAGUACAAGUUUGAUGUGUCGCGCGUUGGCGAGUUGACCGUCUCGCUCUUUAUGAGAAACCCAACGGCUGCUGCAGGCUCUGGUAGGGCCCAAGAUAUCUUCUUGGGCUCUAUUCGUGUGAAUCCCAGAUUCGAAACUGCGUCUGACGUGGCGUCGGCGAGCAAAAAGGGCGACCGACCGCAAGCCCAAGGCCACAGCGGGCAGGGCUGGUUUGAGCUACAGAAUGGAACAGGCAAACUCCAGAUUGGCGUUGAUUUUGUUGAGAACCGCGUCGGCAAACUCACCAUUGACGACUUUGACCUUCUCACGCUUGUUGGAAAGGGUAGUUUUGGAAAGGUGAUGCAGGUUCGGAAGAAGGAUACUGGCCGUAUCUAUGCCAUCAAGACUAUUCGAAAGGCCAAGAUCAUCUCGCGCUCUGAAGUUACGCACACGCUUGCCGAACGCUCCGUCCUUGCUCAGAUCAACAAUCCAUUCAUCGUCCCGUUAAAGUUUAGUUUUCAGUCGCCUGAAAAGCUCUACUUUGUAUUGGCGUUUGUUAAUGGCGGAGAGUUAUUCUUCCAUCUGUCAAAGGAAGGACGCUUCGAUAUCAACCGUUCUCGUUUCUACACUGCCGAAUUGCUGUGUGCUCUCGAAUGCCUUCACGGAUUCAACGUCAUCUAUCGGGAUCUGAAGCCUGAAAACAUCCUUCUCGACUACCAAGGCCAUAUUGCUCUUUGUGACUUUGGUUUGUGCAAGCUCGAGAUGAAGGAUGAGGAUUCUACAAACACCUUUGUCGGCACUCCCGAGUAUCUGGCACCCGAGCUGUUGAAGGGAGAAGGCUACGGCAAAACGGUGGAUUGGUGGACGCUUGGCGUGCUGCUCUACGAAAUGCUGACGGGUUUACCGCCGUUUUAUGACGAAAACACAAACGAAAUGUAUCGCAAAAUCUUGACAGCUCCCUUGAACUUUCCUGGCUACGAUAUCGUGCCUCCGGCAGCCAGGGACCUCCUAACCAAGCUUCUGGAUCGAGACCCGACCAAGAGAUUGGGAGUUAAUGGCUCCACGGAAAUCAAGUCGCAUCCUUUCUUCCAUGGCAUUGACUGGAAGAAGCUCCUGCAGCGCAAAUAUGAGCCAACAUUCAAGCCCCACGUGGCCAAUGCUCUCGACACGAUCAACUUUGAUCAGCAGUUUACGGAAGAACCCGCCCAGGACUCCCUCCCCGACGAUUUUGUGCUUUCAAAGACGAUGCAAGACCAGUUUGUGAACUUUAGCUACAACAGGCCCGUGGCGGGAUUAGACGAUGCGGGCGGUAGCAUCAAGGACCCGUCAUUCCUAGAUGCCUCUGAGGCACGAGGACGGAGGUAAGGGUGCGAAUAUUUUUAGAUGUGUCAUAUUUCAACAUCGAUAGAGAAAAUGACCACAUGAAGAGAGAUUGGAAAGAGGAGAUGGCAGGCCAGGGAUACUUUUUCUUUUUUUUUUUUUUUAUUUCUUCUUAGGAUAUAUGGGAGAAGGGAAGGGAAACGGCGUGUGGACGUGUCGAGAUGGAUGGCAUCGAAGCAUAGAUGACUCUUGAAUUUGGCUUUUGGUCUCAUAGGUGGAAAUUCUGGGAGUAAAGGCGAUUUGUGCGAACAACGUAUGUUGUUGUUUUGUUUUGUUGUGUUUUGUUAUAUGCUGCAUACAGUCUUGUUUGGCAAUGAUGUAGCUCGUUUAGCAUAUUGAGAAACAUGUUGCAUAGCAAGAUAUUUCAACAAGGACGAGACGUAUAGUUUGAGAG